AUGAAUAACUAUCACAUUUACGACGAAAUCGGUAAGGGGAAGUAUUCGGUUGUUUACAAAGGCCGUAAAAAAAGAAGCAUUGAAUACCUUGCCAUAAAAUCAGUAGAAAAGUCUCGUCGAAAAAAAAUUCUCAACGAAGUUCGAAUUAUGCAUAAUCUCGACCAUGAAAACAUCCUCAAAUUUUACAGCUGAUAUGAAACUCGUAAUCAUCUAUGGAUCAUUUUUGAAUACUGCGCUGGCGGCUCUCUGCUCAAUUUGAUUGAAAGUGAUAAAACACUUCCUGAAGAAUCAGUCCGCACUUUUGCUUUUGAUUUAAUGAAAGCACUUUUAUACCUUCAUAGCAAUGGAAUUAUAUAUGGGGAUUUGAAGCCUUCAAAUAUUUUAUUCAAUGAGUACGGGCAGCUUAAAUUAGCUGAUUUUGGCCUCUCAAGAAAAAUUGUGGAUUUAACUCAGGGUGAUUCACAGAGCAAGCGAGGAACUCCUUUUUAUAUGGCUCCUGAGCUCUUCCAAGACGAUGGCGUCUACUCAUUUUAUUCAGAUUUUUGAAGUUUAGGAUGUGUAGUAUACGAAUUAGCGACUGGCCAGCCUCCUUAUAUUUCUACAUCAUUUCAAGAGCUAGUCGAACAGAUUUUAAAUGCCCCAGUCCCAGAAAUACCUGAUUACAGCAGAGAUUUUAACGAUUUUUUAAAAGAGUUAAUGCAAAAAGACCCAGCGAAGCGCAUAAGUUGGGAUGAAGUAACAGUCCAUCCUAUAUGAAAAGAAAAUACGAUGACUUUAAAUAUCACUUUACCACCUCAGCCUUUAUAUGAGAAAUACUUAAAAGCCAGAGGAGUUCAACAGAGGACCGUGAGUGCACAGGCCUCAAAUACACAAUUUUCGUCAGGGAGGGUAGAUUUAAUGAGGAUGUCUCAGAAUAUUCAAAAAAAUCUGUUGAGAGAAAGCGUGAAAAAUGGGUAUCAGCAGAAAGAAGUAGAAGGAAAUGAUGUGAAAUUGGAUAACCGAGACCAAGUUGUAGACUUUGGGGAAUACAAAGAAGAAGAGGAAGACGAAGAAUCAGAAGAAAAUACAGAACCUACUGAAGGAGAAAAAGAUAGUGGCUUAGAAGAAGAAAUUGGCAUAAUUGAAGAAGAAAAGCAAGAAGUUAAAGAUAAUAGGCCGAUAACGAUCCAGGGAGGACUUAGAAAUCCUCCUGUUUCGAUAGAAGAAGAAAGGCCUAAUUCAGCCAGCCAAAGGGUGAAUUCAGCACAGCCAGCCAACUUAACAAAGCAGUCUUCUAUUUCAAAACCGCCACCACCUUUUGAAGCCAUCAUGAUCCACAACUCUGAUACUUCUGUCAAGCCAAUUAUUGGGAACCGUGAACUGGAAAAACAAGGCGAGCUGUCUUUUAACCCUCAAACGCUUGGAUUUGAAGCUUGGACAAGCGAAGAUGUAAUGGCGAACGCCGAAAAGCGUGAAAUUGAGGCCCAUUUCCAUCAGAUUUACCAAGCUUUGACAUCUUCAGCACAAGGAAUUGAUAAACUGAAUAUUUUGACUUAUUUCGAAACUUUGAUUAUAAAUUCAACAGUAGCAAACAAGUUGAUAGUGUCUCCAUCUGUGGGGCUACUAAUAAGACUGCUAAGGUCAAGCAAGUCUUCGCCGAUGAAGGUCAGAAUUUGCAGUAUUCUAGGACAUAAAUAAAAUGGCAUUUCGGUUCGAGAGAAAUUAGCUUUGCUAAUUUUCUCUCCCUCAUGGAAUUUUAUUUAUGGGGUUGGGUUUUCUCUCGAGAACUUCUGCACAGCAAUAGCUGUUUAACUUUGGGGAUAACCAAAGGAACAGCUCCUCAGUGCACUCAAGAUUUCGGAGUUUUACCUCUCAGCACAUCCCCACGGAGGAUGACCCUUAGGCGGAACACGUGCAGGAGCUGAGUCGAGACAGGGCGACGGCAACGCACCGGGUGAGAUGUGCGGCAAACGGGCGAAAUGCAGAUGAAGGCUUGGCCGGUGGGCUAACCACCGCGAUUCCAAGAUGGCUCGGCGACGUCAUCAGUUUUGCUAUAACUCCAUUUUUAUGGGGUGCGGCACUAGACACCUUAAAUACCAGACAUUAAGUUAAGUUAAGUUAAGCAGUAUUCUAGGACAAAUGGUGAGAUAUUCUACUUUUAUAGAAGUCACUUUAGCAGAGUCUGGGCUUUAUCAAGCUUUAAGCGAACAGAUUAAGGAUAAAAACGAAAAAGUUCGCAGACGAGCUAUGGCAGCACUUGGAGAGUACUUAUUUUACGCAGCCACUCAAAUGGAUGAUGAGCAAGGCCAAUCAGUUUGGGAAAUCCCGCAUUUAAUUUUUGCAUUGGUAAUAAAAGUCAGUAAAUCUGGAGAAGAUGAAAUUUUGCGGUUUUAUGCUAUAAAAACUAUCGAAAAUAUCACAGCACAAAGCACAAAAGCAGGCACAAAAUUCGCUAUUGCAGAAGUAGCACAGAAUCUAUGCUCGGUAUAUUUGUCGACAAAAAAUGAGUAUUGCAAGGUUGCAGCUUUAUCAGCAUUAUGUCAUGUAAUUAGGCUUAAUUUAUCAUUAUGCAGCACUGUGAUAGAAAGGCUGGCAAUUAGGCAUAUAAAUUCAGGUCUUUCUGAAGAUCUUCCUAAGAUCCAGCAGAACUUUUUAACAAUUUUGAUACUAAUCACCCAAAACCCACCCAGUCGCUUCGCAGCAAUCCUAGCUGAGGAUAAAAAUUUUUUGUCUAUUGUUUUAUCUCUGCUAGAAAACCCCAAUGUAGUUAUCAGAGGCAAAGCAUUAAUUCUGCUGAAUUUAUUGAUAAAAGCCAAUGUAAGAUGGAUCCUUAUACUCUCAGAAAAUAAGUUUUUUGCCAUCAUAGAAAAAUUGUUAAGAGAUUCGUAUAGAUAUGUGCAGUGGUGCUUAUUUUAUUUAUUAGUACAAAUUGCUGACCUUUCUCUCGUAAUAGUCAAAAAUGUAGCAGAAGAUAUGAAAAUAGUGCUUGAUAAGCGUGGACAAUCAAAAAAUGCGAUAGUCUUAUUACCUGUGGUUCAGCAAGUUAUAACAUCUGGGGCUGGUACGAACCAUCUUUCAUAUCCAGCGCUUAUAAAAUUCCUGGUUGAAAUCUUGGAUUUAUGCUUAAGGUCUUCAAGUUUUAUAGAAAUCACUCAACAAAUUAUGCUGCUACUUGAAGCAUUAAGUGGGCAGACCAAGCAGCUAACCCAAUACUCUGAUGCUAUUAUAAAGUCUCUUCUGCCUGCUCUAUUGACUUAUAGUGGGGUGGAAGAUAUUGAUACCAGAUUCAGAAGCUUAAAAAUUUUUUCUGAUAUUUUGCUGCCAUUUUUAUACGAAGACUCUAUUUAUGACCCUGGAAACUCAAGCAAGGUAACGACAAAAAUUAUGAAUGAGCUACUAGUUAAACAGCUGAUGCCGCAAUACCAGAGACUAUUAUCUGAUCAUGACCCAAUUCCUCUAUACGCCCACAAGCUAUUAAGUGCCAUAAUUGAGAGAUGUGCUGCUUUUGUUAGCAUUGUAAAGCGCCAAGAACUAAUUCCAGUCAUACUAGAAAGUUUUGAAGGAGGAAACCCAAAGCUGAACGUUCAAAUUGUAUCAAUCGUCAAAAGAAUUGUGGAGUCUAAAGAAACCACUUUAGAAGAGCUUGCUGGGCUUAGGAUUAUCCAAAAAGUCAACUCCAUAAUGAGAUGUGUGCUGGAACAAGACUGAUGCGUUGAUAAAAUGCUUGAUAUCUUAUACGAACUUUUAUUCCUUGCUGCUGAUAGUUUGCGGGCCAAAAAAUCUAACCCUGAUUACUCAGCUCUUCGAAUUAUAGAGCCUCUCACAGACAAUUUUCCUAUUUGCGCCAAGCUUGUUAAACAAAACAACGACCAAGUAAUUUCUAUUUAGAAUCUCAUCGAAAAAUGCACUCAUUGUUUAUCAUUAAUGAUCCAGCUAUUUUGUAAUAAAAUUGCUCAGAACCCUACCCUGGAAAUGAUCCAAAGCUUAAUAAUUGUUUUAUCAAUUAAAAAGCCAUCACUUCAACGACGAUGCUUAAAAGUGCUAAAAGUGAUUUCUCAGUCUGGGAUCCCGAUUCCUUCUUCCCCAGAACUUGCAUCAAUUUUGAGAAGAAAUGAAGAAAAAGAAAUCCAGCAGCUCGCUGCCGAUAUAUGGGGUACUUAG